GGUCUGAGGCUCAUGGCAGUCCUCUUCAACUUUCUGAGUGCUGAGAUCUUAGGUGUGAGCCGUAGUACCUGGCAAGACUCUUAAGUUUGGUGAAGAGAUUCAUCCCAUGGAAUUAACAGAAGCCCAGAUAAUGCGGUGCAGCAGAAAGGAGAACAAAUAUUGGCCACUAAAACAUAGGCAUUCCCAGGACUGCUACAUCUCUAAUAGCUGGUAUGGAGCCUUCAACUUGUGGAUGGAAGCAAUUCCUGAGGCCUUAGAAACAAUCUCAUGGGUCCUAGAGUUUUUGAACAGGAUCUACUUAUUUGCAAAAUACCUUUGCAUUCUCUGUCUCCUUAUGUUAUAACGGAAUAAUCUCAACUCAAGGAACAAGAGGAUUUGUGACCAAGGCAUCAUGGGUACCAGAUCUUCCUGAUCUGGCUUUUUUCUCCACACUGAGGUCUGUACCUAUGACGUGGGGGCUAAAUCCUGCCAGCUUCCUGUUUUUGUUAAAAAAAAAAAAAAAAAAAAAAAGACAAGCCAGCAAUUUAAUUUCAUCAAUAGUGGCCUUCAAAUUACAGUGGCAGGAUGGUUUGCAGUAGUGGUGGAUGGCCCUGUAUCCUGCCCCCAAAAUGUUUGGCAGGGACCCCAGCCAGGAGGUCCCUGGUUUUCCAUUUCCGAGCCACUUUGUUCAACAUGAAGUAUCAGGGUGAUGGCCUGCAUUUGUCCAGCAUCUGAGGACCCACAGCCCCCAGGGCAUUUGUAGCAUCUAUUUUAAUUUAUCAGGUCCGGGCAAUGCUGCUCUCCUGGCUGUCACAAACAUCUCACUCCCUCCAAGGCUGCAGUUAGCAGUUACGUGAUGGGAACUCCUUGCUUUGGUGGUGCCUGUUGCCAGGAAGGAGCGGGUGAGGCUGUCCAAACGGAUGACACAACGCGGCGGACUGGGCUUGACUGGAGGACUGGUUGCUUUCAGAUGACUUUGUGGAUGUAACAGGAAGUUUGGGGCCAGUCACCCCGAGCUGGGGAAGUGAUCCUGUAUUUCUCAGGGCCCCUCUCUCUUGCAGAUAUCUCCCAGGGCCUGCUCCUCUUCCCACCAUCUUUUCUCCUCGGGUCUCUCCUUUCUGAUGGUUUUCUGAUGGUUUUCUGAGGAUAACCCCCGCCCCCACCAGCCACUCCAUGAGUUUCCUGUGGAAAUGACUGAAGGAGGCUGCGUCUGUCAAGAGGUGCUGCUGGGAGCAGCAGAAGAAGCCAUUCUUGGAAUUUCAUCCCACCGGAGACAUUCACCCUGCCCCUUGACGUGGAAAAGGAAGAUGUCCACUUUUAUGCUGCAGACAUGAUUAUCGCAGUAAUGGAGAACAUGAAAUGCAGCCUCCUGAGUCGGCAGAGGCCAGAGAGCUGGGCCACAGAGGAAGCCAGCAGGUCACGUGGGAACGAUCAGACUGACGCUGAGGUGACCUUUUAUAGCCAUGCAAAGCAGGAGCCAGGGUCCUCUGCUUCUUUGGACCGUGGCCAUGAAGAGCUUGAGGGAUCCAAUGAGAUCAUGGAAGGCUGCAGACGCUUCUACAACUUUUUAAAAAGUGUAACUUGCAAGUCAGACUUUAGUCCUGCUGGGCUGCUAGCCAGAAAACUCCUCCACGAAUUCUGGAAGUGCCAGAUGCUGUCAGAAGUCAGUCACCAUCGGCUGCCAGGCUCCGUGACAGCAGCCAGCUCGGGAGUUGGAAGUGAAAAGCAUGCUGGGGAAGACUUUGACUCCAGUGUGGAGGCAACACAGGAAAUCAUGCUUAAGUCUAGAGCCCCAGGGACCGAAGACUGGGUGCCACCUGGAUGCCAAAUCAUCCUUACUGUUCAUCCGCCAGUCAAAAGGGACAUAGCAGUAGUGGCCCAGAAUUUCUUCUGUGCUGGAUGCGGAACUCCGAUACAGCCCAAGUUUGUGAAGCGGCUCCGGUACUGUGAGUAUCUGGGGAAGUACUUCUGUGACAGCUGCCAUUCAUCUGCAGAGUCCUGCAUCCCUGCGCGGAUCCUGAGGAUGUGGGACUUCAGGAAGUACCAAGUCAGCAAUUUCUCUAAAUGGCUACUGGACAGCAUAUGGCACCAGCCUGUCUUCAACCUGUUGGGAGGGCAUCAUAGCCUCUACGAAAAAGCCAAGGAACUGGAUAGGGUGAAGGACAUCCAGGAGCAACUUUUUCACAUCAAGAAACUGUUGAAGACUUGCAGGUUUGCCAACAGUGUGCUGAAGGAGUUUGAGCAGGUUCCCAGCCACUUGACUGAUGAGUGCCACCUGUUCUCCAUGGAGGACCUCCUCAGGACCAAGAAAGGACUGCUGGCACCCUUGUUCAAGGACAUCCUGAGAGCUUCUCUUGCCCAUGUGGACAGCUGUGAGCUGUGCCAGGGGAAAGGCUUCAUUUGUGAGCUUUGCCGGAGCACGGCUGUCAUCUUCCCGUUUCAGACCACGACUUGUGCCAGAUGUUCAGGGUGCAGGGCUUGCUUCCACAAAGAGUGUUUCCAGUCUUCAAGGUGCCCCCGCUGUGCCAGGAUCGAAGCUCGGAGACAGCAUUUGGAGAGCCUGCCCUCUGCAGCUCCGUGAUGGCCCUGAGAGUAGUCCCAAACACCCUGUGAUGAUGCCAAAUUGUGUCUGCCCCUGGUAAUACUGUUUCAGAUACUAAGUAUCUGAAUUCCACUCUUGUAUAUAUUUAAUGCUUUCAAGAAGCGUGGAAGUUUUGUUACUAUGUAUAGGGGUGUUGGUAAGGGUUUGUUUACAAAUGUUUGACCUUUUUUUUUUUUUUUUUUUUUUUUUGCUGCUACUGGCUGUUUUUAAAGAAUUUUUUCACACUUUAAUUGCACCGGGAUAGUUGUUUUUAGCUAAAUACAGAACCUACUGUUUUUUAAUGAACUGUAACUGACAAGGUGAAGGUCUUAAUUCCUCUUCCUUCAGAGUUGUUUGUGCAAGGGGUUGGCACUGUAAUGGAACAAUGUGGCAGGGGAACUCUGUUUGGCCAAGCUUUUGUUCCUUCAAGAAAAAGACUCCUCUUGAAUGGCAUUCUGUCAUUGUGCUGGUCUCCUAUUUUACUGGUUCCAUGGCUUGCAUUGAAUACAUGCCAACUCUAUCCUUAUGGUCCUUUCUGGAUGACUGCUUCAGCUGCCCACCGAGGUCCAGGUGAGCUGUUAUUUGGAGCAGCUGCCUCUAGAUGGCACUGUUUGAUGAGUUAGUUUCAUGAGGUCACCCUUUUGCCAUCUCAGUCCCAUGCUAGUCAGGAUAGUCUGUGCUAAACCAAGGGAGUCAGAGACCGAAACUCCAUUCUAGCUUUUCAUGAUCCAGCUUCCCGGGUAUACAAAAACAGAACACAGACUCUGAAAGAUGAGCAUGGUGACAUGAAUGUGUAAUCCCCACAUUUAGGAAGUAGAGGCAGAGUUAAAAUUAAGACUCUCUGCACUAACAUAGAAGAUCCAGG